AUGCGCUUAAAAGAUGAUGUGGUGCCCACACUCUUCCCUUUUACUUCUUCAGUAAAACCAACAGCGGUAUUGGCAAUGAGAACUGAUAAUACUGGGACUACUAGUACUACAACAACUGCUACUGGGAAUAUUACUCUGCUAGAGGUUAUGGCACCAGAAUCUUCAGGACCGAUGGCUGCUAUACGCAAAAAGUUAGUGAUUGUCGGUGACGGUGCGUGUGGUAAAACAUGUCUUUUGAUCGUGUUCAGCAAGGAUCAAUUUCCGGAAGUGUAUGUACCGACAGUAUUUGAGAAUUACGUCGCCGACAUCGAAGUAGACGGCAAGCAGGUGGAACUGGCAUUGUGGGACACAGCGGGUCAGGAGGAUUAUGACCGAUUGCGCCCCUUAUCAUACCCAGACACCGAUGUGAUUCUGAUGUGCUUCUCGGUGGACUCGCCCGACUCGCUCGAGAACAUCCCGGAGAAGUGGACACCUGAAGUGAAACACUUCUGCCCCAAUGUGCCUAUUAUUUUAGUUGGCAACAAGAAGGACCUACGCAAUGAUCCGGCCACUAUCAAUGAACUACGUAAGAUGAAACAGGAGCCGGUGAAGCCGCAAGAAGGCCGUGCUAUGGCCGAGAAGAUUAAUGCUUUCGCGUAUCUUGAGUGCUCUGCCAAAAGUAAGGAAGGUGUUCGUGAGGUGUUUGAAACCGCGACCCGCGCCGCGUUACAAGUCAAGAAGAAGAAGAAGACCAGGUGUUCUCUGCUG